AUUUUGUAAUCAAAAUUCGAAAAUAUAGUGAAAUCAUGAAGGAAAAUUUUGUGUUAUAAAUCUAUUUUAAGGCUUAAAAUUAAAGCUUAAUACGAUUUUUAGUUCAGUAAGCGUCACACCUUAGAUCCGGGGAUAGGUGAAGAAAAUUGUCAAUAGUUAGGAUCGACGAGUUUUGCAUAUUUUUCACAUGGAAGGUAAUUAUGUGCUGAGCAACUUUGGAGGAACCAGCAGUGGCCACCAACAGCAGCAGCAAAGCAAUGAAGAUCCGAACCAGCUGGCAGAGGACAAUACGAGGCCCUCGCUGCCGGAAGAUUUUCCCAACUUUCGGGAUUUCCAGAUCGUUAAAAUGGUUCAGUACUUCCGGGUCGUCACGGAUGGAACCGAGCAGAGACUCCGGCUCGGUUUCAAAUGCAAACUGUGCAACGAGGUGUUCAACAAAACGAUGCAACUGUUGGGUCACAUUCGGAACCAUUUCGAGGAAAACCACAGCUGCCGGGAUUGUGGGAAGUACUUCUUCGACACCAACAAGUUGCACAUUCACAAAAGAGCCAAGCACACCCAAGCUCUUAAGUGUCAGAUGGGAUGUCCAAGCUACACCACAUCCAACAUCAAAUGUCUGCAAACACAUUAUCUUCGAUAUCACUGCUUGAAGAUUCGCCCCAGAGAAAUGAAAAAACUUGAAGAGACGCUUGGUUCGAUGGUUCGGCAAGGUGGUAACGAGGACAAAAUACGAAUGCAGCGAGAACAGAUUGUUGAUCAGUUUCGUGCCCUCACACCGGUUCCGCACCAUCCAAUCCAGCAGCAGACGAAUCCUGCAGAACAACAGCAAUCUCAACAGGUUAAAGCAGAACAGUGUGAGGAAGAAGAGGAUGCCGAAGAUGCGGAUGGCGAUGGAGAGCCUGAUGAGGACGAUUUCGAUGAACCCGACGAUGGACAAACUGUUGAAUGUUGCGUUUGUGAUGUGUAUAUUCCAUCCGACGAAGACCUCCGGGUUCACGAAGCUACCCACAGUAGUCCUUACACAUGCAAGAUUUGUAUGACAGCAUUCAAUCAGCUUGAAGAUGCUCGACAACACUACGAGGCUCACGAAAAACCACAAGUCAUCCAGCAACCACCAGCCCCAACCCAAAUAAAAACCAUUACCCUUUCACCCGCAUUCAACACUGUUGUACAAACAAAUCCUGCCCUCCAGUCUGCCAUGGCCACUACAACAGCACAUUUCCAACCAACUCCCAAUGUAACCACGAUGCUCAUAAUGCAUAACGGUACCCCAAUGCUUGUACCCGUUCAAACCUUCGAUAGUAGCCAACUGGUUCCUGCCUUCCAACCCCAAACAAUCCCUACAACGCAACAAAUCAACCAACAACCCGGAAUGCCGACGACAACAAUCACCCCCAUAACCACCGCCUGGCCAAUCAAUCAGCUCCUUCCGGUUAACAAUCAGAUCGAGAUCAUUCCCAUUCACGCGGCAGGCCAACCGGGAAACCCCACCACCAUCUCAUCUCAGCCUCCUCAUGUCCACCAAACACAAACCAUCCCCGUUCACAACAUCAUCAACAGCCAUCCUGGAGGCCCGGGUACAGGAAUCGUCAUCACACCGGUAACAACCCUAGAUCAUCAACAGGCUCUCCUCAGGCAUCACCAACAACAACAGCAACAGCAGCAGCAACAACAGGCUAUACAUGUUGCCCAGCUGCAACUUCAACAACAACAUUUCCAACAACAGCAGCAGCAACAACAACAGCAACAAUCGUAGAACAAAAUCGAGUAUUAAGACAAGGAAUAUCAAAUAUUUAUUUCAAAACAUGUUUGUUUCAUAAAUGUCUAUGAAAGUCUGAAACAAUGCAAAGUCAAAAGAUAAAAAAGUAAUCAAAGUGAAGAUAGCUUAAGAUUGUUUAAGAAAUCCUUAAAAAUAAUAGUUUUUCUUCGUAUCAGUUAGGCGAACUGUUUUACGUUUUACAAAUAUUUAGUUCUAUAUUAUUAUAUAUUGAUAAUUUUAAGUUUCUUGCGCGGUUUUUUUUAGAUGCAGUUCUGUGAAUUAGUUUAAUAUAUAUUUCUUUUGAUUCAUUCCAAUAAAUGCGCCAAUUGUACGUUUCAACAAGCGUAAUAAAGAAAUUGUUUCAUGUG